AUGGUGCAGGCUGUUAAUGGGGGUUGGACGGGUCCCUGGGAGCUGACCACCUGGGCACAUUUGAUUUUGGAGGUUAUCAAUGAUUGCACCAUCCCAAUGGUGGAUUUGCCGGACGUGCCAAGGGAAAGUGGGGUACGCACCUCAGACCUGUACUAUUACACCACCGAAAUAGACUGCACCAUCCGUAAGGUUCAACUAACAGUGCAAAUGCUCACCAUCCUCUUUAAAGGAGUCUACUCGGUGGGAGCAACAAUUAAAGUGGUGCCGGAGGAGAAAGUUUAUGCCACUGUGUCCUGUACCGAGCCAGAGCCCCCAAAGAAGAAGGCUCCGCCCCUUUUAGUGUCUCAUGUUGUCCUCCCUGUUAGGCCCCGCCCCCUCCUGCUGGUCGGCGUCCUCCAGCUCCCGUCUGAAAGGUCAGAGUUCACACAGAGCCUGGAGCUCAGAGAUGCUACAGCCUCUGUGAGCUGCAUCGUCACGGAAACCACAGAGGAGGAGGAUGGAGGUCAGAGGUCGGUCUUCAACACCGCCUGGAUCGGCAGCCUGGUGUGUGUGCGGAGCUUCACCAUGGUAACGGAGCGGUUCCUCCAAUCAUUGUUCCCGUCCUGCCGACACCUGUACCAGAACCGCUCCAUCUCCAACAGAACCUGCAGAGUUUACCUGCAGUUCUCUCUGGAUCACCUGGUCAUUCUGAGCCCCUCUGUUGCCAUGGCAACACACCUGAGGAUUAGGGGGGCGGAGCCAGGAAGUGACGACCAGCAGAGGAACCACAGAGAGGAAGAGGAUGAUGAUGAUGAUGAAGGCUCAUGUCUGAAGAAAAGGCGAUGUGAUGAAGAGCUCUCCUCCGUUGCCAUGGUAACAGCUCCUGAGGGUGGGGCCUCCCAGCCCUGUGUUUCUAUGGUGAUUAGGGUGGAGUCUAAAGGAGGCGUGGCCUGGAGGAAUGCAGUGAUUGGUGGGAGCUGUGAGGGGGCGGGGCUUCCGCUGGGCUUCUCUGCUACGGCUCUGCUGAUUGGUCCAGUGGUCCGCUGGGGGCGGGACCCAAAGAACCAGCCAAUGAUGGAGAAGGAGGUGAAGCCAGAGAGGGAGGAGAAGGUGCUGCUGCAGUUCUCAGGUGUUUCCUCUCGAUGGUUUCCUCUCCUCCAGCCUGGAUCCGUCUACAGACUCACAGCACCAAACACUCAGGAUCCCAGCGUUCUGAUUGGCUGCAGUGUUGCUGGGCAGAAGGGGGUGGAGCUUCAUGCUGACUCCUCCCUCCAGGUGCGACCUGAUUGGAGGUUCCACACUCUGACCCGCCCCCUGCUGCUGCCCCACACCUGGACUCAGGCUCCGCCCCCCUCCACGGUGUCCCAGGUGUUGGACUGCAGGUCAGAGGUCGUGACCUUCCAGGGCCGGGUCACAGAGAGGGUCAGUCUGAUGGACAGGAGGGAACGAGCUUCAGGUGUUCGUCUGACGGUGUGUGACCAAAGUGGGCGGAGCCUCUGUGUGUACCUGGACCUAAGCCACACCCCCUACCCACCUGGUCUGUUGCCAGGUAACCAGGUGCUGCUGUCAGGGUUCCUGAGGAGGAUCUCCAGGUCAGGCAGUGUGUACUGCUCCCUCUCACCUGUCAGCUGCAUUACAGUGACAUCACUGGGAGACUGCAGCAGCUUGGCCCCGCCCCCUGCUCCCAGCAUGCACCUGGCCCACUGGGCCUCCAGCAGGACUGUUGAGGCCCAGGUCAAAGGUCACCUGGUCUGUGUCCUUCACCUGCAGCUGCAGUGGAGCUGCAGCCAUCAGGGGGGUGAAUAUACACAGGUCUGCAGCUCUCAGUGUGGAUCAGCCACCUUCCAGGCCACAGCGAGGUUGGUGUUUGACGACGGGACGGCAGAGGCUCAUGUCUGGUUGUCGGGGCGACCGGUCCAGACUGUGCUGGGAUUGGCCGAUUCCCAGUGGGCGGGGCUCCAGAGAGCCGUCAGGGUCAGAGGUCACAUCCACGUGUUUCCUGGGGGGCGGAGCCUGGUCAGUACCUUUCUCUGAUUGGCUCUCAUCCCAGAGGAAAAUAUAAGUGAAACGAUGUCAGACAGAAACACUGAAUCCACUCAAGGUUUCCCCAGAGUAUUAUAAGCCUGGCAGCCCACCAGGCUUUUCUAGCCCCCGCCAGGCUAAGCGUUGCCCGUUUUUGUUUUUAAGAAAAUAAUAAUUUAAAAUAAUUAUUUUUAAAAGCCAGAUUGAAAGUGUCUGUUACUCUGAGCGUUUCACUAGCAAAGCAGAUUUAUUCCCAACGGAUGAGUUUAUAACAGAUGAGUUUAUCGUUGAUGCAUUUAAAGCCAGGAGAGCGACCAAUCACAGCGCUGGAUCCUCUGCUUGAUCUCUUAGGUUUACCUCAGCGCGCCUCCUUUCACUCAAACUGGACCCAGUCUGACCUGUAUGGAUAUUUACAUCAACCUCCUGUGAGGAAUUAUGAUUCUUUAGAGAACUCCACAUCAGGGUAGGAGUUUAAACCCACCAUGUUGCUCUGGUUGCACAGCUCUACGUGAACCACAGGAAUAACUUGUAGUCGCUUUCAGAGGAGCAGUGAGGAUGAUUUAUAUUUGUGAACCAACAGUUAUAUGGGUCGUUUCCAUCUCAACUCGCUGCCCAGCGUCUGUCUCUGUCUUCCCUGUAAAGUUCAUGUCUGUGAUCCCGGUUGGUCGGAGCGUUAGCGGCUAACCAACC